AUGGGCCGGCAUCGACCGGUGCAGCUGCACAAUGUUGCUGGCAGACGUGCAGUCUAUCUACCAGGAAGAGCUUCCCUUGUGGUUUUGGCCACGGUGCUGAUUUUACGGAGCGGGCGAGCUGCUCCCACUUGGGUGCUUCCGUCGUCAGCAAGGCAGACGACUGAACUCAACGAUGUUUCAGCUUCCGAAUACUCGCGGCGCAGUUUGCUCGGCAGCUCCUUGUUGAGCUUGAUUUCUGCUUCUCCUGCCGUGGCCGAGUCGCCCUGUGCAUGCUGCGAAUCCGACUGGUGUGGCUGCGGUGCAAAAUGCGUUGACUGCCACGCCUACCUGACCUCGAGAGGCUAUUCGCUCCCUGCAGAUCUCGCGAGCGCAGUGAAAAGUCGAGGGGUAUCCGACUGGGCGGCUGCGGUGGACUGGCAAACUGCGGAAGCUCCCCAGUGGCGCCCAGUGCAAAAAGACCAGGUCUCGGCGGGCCAGUCGCUGCUGCCAGGAGCCGGCCGGGGCCUCUUCGCGCGGCGUGCUCUGGCCAAAGGGGCCGUGCUGCCGCCAUACAAGGGCCAACUUCAGACCUUCCAAACCGUCACUCGCGGUGGCGCUUAUGUCUGGUGUCCGCAGAAUCCCAGCGACGCCGCGGCAGCUUUCUGCAUGGAUGCCGCAGCUGAUGACCCGGAGAACCCUGCCCGAUUAGUCAAUGCAGCUGCUAACGAAGAGCAGUGCAAGCAGGUAAACACGGAAAUUUGCCAGCUGGGAAGCAUCCUGUACUUCCGCACGGUGCAAGACGUGCCAGCGGGGACGGAGCUUGUUACAGACUAUGGCUACAGCUACUGGCCGGAUUUCGACUCGUGCCAGCUCGUGACAGCCAGCGAUCUGAUGGCGCGAUUGGAAAAGCGCUCGACCAGAUGA